UGGAGUUGAUGGUAACAAAGAUGAAGUUAGAAGAAGAAGUUGGAAAGUUGAGGAGGGAACUUGAGGAAAUUUCAUCUAAAAGGAUGCAAGAUGAAAAUCAAGCAAGCAAGAUAGCUUCAAGUCGUUCUGACAUCAGUCAGAAGCUGGAUGAUCAGUUUGCCACUUCAUUGUCCUCCUCCAGACUUGAUAUUGACUCACCUGUUUUAAUGGAAAAGUGCAAGGAACAAUUGAUGACCAUCUCUGAUUUUGUGAGAGAAAUAGAGGAAAGAAUUGGAAAGGUAGCACCAAAUGUGGAAGAAAGAGCGAGAAAGGACUCCGCAUUAAUGGUGCCAACAGAGACGCAUAUAAAAGAGAAAAAACCAAUGGCAAGAGAGCCAAAGAGCAAACAGCAGGAAGUACAAGCAUUAAUAGCCGCAGGGGAAGAAACAUCAGAAUUAGACAAAGAUCAGAACAAGGGAGGAAGUGUAGCAGCAGCAGCAGCAGAAACAGAAAAGAGCGCGGGAGGAUCAGUAGCAGCAGCAGCUGAGGAAAAAGCAGCAAAGAUACAAAGGCUGAAGAGUGGGUUCAGAAUCUGCAAACCCCAGGGGACUUUCCUUUGGCCAAACAUGGUCAAAGACAAUAACAACAACAUUAACUCUAGUUGCAGCAAAAUAAUGUCCCCUCAGGUUGUUGUCCAGGUUGAGGUUCCAACCCCACCUUCAGUUUCAUCCUCCACCGCUUCAGCUCCACCUCAACUGCCUUACACCCACUCACCAUCCGUUGUCAAGCCCUUGGCUGAAAAACGUGCUGUCACUGUAACAGUCUCCACUGUUUCUAAAGUCCCAAAUCAUGAGGAUGGCGCCAAGAAUUACUCCACCACUACUACUGCUUCAAUCAACCUAAAUGAUGCCCCAUCCAAUCCUAAUGUCAUGCCACUGCUAUCAGCCUAUGGAGCAAGAAACGUGAUGGGCUACGACGAAAAGGGAUAUAAUGCAUGUUGCUCCUCCUCAGCUACCAGCUUGCCUUCUCAGGUGGGGAACUGGUUGGCGCUGAAUACUCUCAAGUCCGCCUCUGAUGACACUGGCAAUAUGCAUGGUUGAACUUCAUCAUCAUAUUGUGAAACAUAAAAUAUCUUGCUAGCUUUUUGUUCUUUUUCGCGAUGUGACUACUUGGUUUCUUGCGAGGAUAGGCCAUCAGGCCUUGAAACUUCUGCCUCUAGUGAAUCUAAUCAAUGUUAUCUUCUCUUGAUCUACCUGUGUCCUGUGCGGUGACUUGGGAAAUGUCGUGCCCGUGACAAAUUUUGAUCCUACAGAGAAGGAACCUCGACCUUCUUAUGCUCAUCUGUCUUCAGGUUUUUGUUAUAAUUGUUUGGUCCCUUUUCUUUUUCUGUUUUCAAGAUCAGUUUUCUGAAAAUGGACUAACGUCAACUAUAUAUAUAC